UACCAAGUUAAUUCUGGACCAGCUAGACACUAGACAUGAAUCAAACUACAGGACCUUCAUUACCUCGUCCUACUGAGAGAUAUUUCGCCGUUUGUGUAACGGCAAUAUUGAUACCAUUGAUUCUGGUUGGUAACAUCCUUGUUAUCAUAUCUUACAAGAUAAACCGUCGACUUAGAACACGAACCAAUACAUUUCUCAUAAGCCUCGCCGUCUCAGACAUGAUUGUUGGUGGAGUGAAUUUACCAAUGUGGGUUUUCUGUAUGGUURAAUACACYAAUUGCAUGUCAUCACCCUAUUAUAACWUGGUGUUCAAAUUCUUGGAUCGAUUUGGCGCSUUUGCGUCUAUUUUUCAUCUAACCUCCAUCAGCGUUGAACGAUACAUUGCUGUGGUACGACCWUACUUGUUUYAUCGUUURCCUGAGAGAUUCUUCUUUGGUGCGUCAGCAUUUGCUUGGAYYAUUGCAAUGGUGCUUGCAUCACUGUCGUGGCUUGGAAAUUCCCAUACGAUUCGCUACAAUACGGCGGUUUUCGCUAUUGGGUUUGUACUUCCUGCUACAAUCGUUCUUUCAAUGUACGUUGGGAUAUUUAGAUCCGCUAGGGCACUGCUCARGAGGACACCGUCAUUCAGUGGGGAUAGAAACCACAAUGCUAAUAUAAUCCGUGAAGACCAUAAAGUUGCUGUAACCGUUGCUGUUAUCAGUGGACUAUUUAUCAUUGCCUGGCUACCAUUUUUUCUUUUGUCAAUCAUUGUUUCAUACUGUCCUCAUUCAACGGUGCCAUGCCUCCCUACAACUCAAGCUGAUAUUUUCCGACUGGUAUCGGCAGUAAAAUGGCUGCAUUACAGUAACAGCAGUGUGAAUCCUAUAGUUUAUGCCUUUCGAGACGAAGAAUGGAAAAAAACCUUCAAGAAAAUCAUAUUUCGGCUUGGAAAAAAGGGUGAUUUGCUGCGAACGCUGGGAAAUUCUGUUUCAUAUGCCUCUCCUUCGGCAAAUAAAACACAUGCAGUGGUCUAUUUGUGAUCUGCAUCUAUAUGUUAUUCGGUAUACUACGUAAACAGCUGUAAAAGAUGCUUUAAAGCUGUAUGAACGAAUAUAACAUACUCGACUCCAAGCCAGUUGCACUGGCAUCCCAUAAUUUUUACACUGGAAGACUAGGAGGAUUUAAGAUGGAGACUGCUAUAAAGUCACUGAAAAACACAUGGCGAUCAAAGAUUUCGCAGCAUAAAUCAUUUAUAUAAUUCACGAACUUAGUUGUCAGAAUAUUAAUCAUGCAACAGUAGUCUAUUGCGCUCAUGAUAUACGAGUACCAUCAUGAUAUCCGUCGAGGAUUGUUGACUUGGAAAAAAAAAUCGAUCAAACUGAACACCAUAAGUUAGGGUUCAGCACGUUUUUUUAUAAUACUGAUAUGUACAAGAGAUUUGUAAAAAAUAUUAGUAAGCUUUUUUUGAUGUUAAUUAUACAAGAAAGAAGCUAAAACGCUGUCUUAAUAUUAGGUAAAAAUAAAAGUUUGUUUACAAAUACUUAGCGAAUCAUAAAGAUACUAAAUGAAAUGCCUAGAAUGAUUAUUCAACACAGUGUUUGUUAUGAAUUCAUUGGUAAUCGGAGGAAAUGAAGCACGGUAUGUAUGUUGUAACUCCAGAAAAAGAAGAAAAAGAAGAAGAAAAAGAAGAAGAAGAAGAAGAAGAAGAAGAAGACUGGCACACUGAAUAAUAACGCGUGGCAGCUGCCUGGCUGACUUAUACAUGGAAUUAUAUUAUAGCUUCUUAUACUAUUCUACAAGAAUUUUGUAUGGUUCUCACUGCAAUACUUGUUUCAAAUACACGCAGUUGUAUUUGCGGUUUUAAAAGUAUAUUUUCGUCUCUAAAAUUUAACUUAAGUCCGAAAUUUCAAAGUCCGUUCACUGGUAACUUUUCCGGUUACUUGAAGCUUGAAUCUAUCUAACCAUGAAGACACGAAAUGUCAUAUGUUAGAAAAUAAUUAUUAUGUUCAAACUAAGACAUAUCCAUUCUUCUUUUCGUGGGCAAAUCAUUCUGAAACAAUCCCGGGCAAACAGAUUGGAAAAACCGAAAGUCGAAGUUUAAAACUUUCCAUCUAUAGAAUAUUCGUAAGCAAUUCAUCCCAGCAAAAAAAAAAAAAAAAAAAA